CCGGAUACGGGCAGUGAAAGCGACGAUGAACGCUCCACGGACCGAGUACCAUGUCAUGCAGGGCUCUGUGCCCGACGUGACGACGGAGGCCGGGCGCCAGCUCAUGGACCAGGUCGCCGCCAUGGACAGCGGCGCCAUGAUGACAGAUGGCGCGCCGUACGAUGGGCGGGGCUUCUUGGACCCGUCGGACCGGCUGUACCUUGUUGAGCAGGCACAGGCCGGCCGCGAGAAGGAGGAGCGCGAGCGCGCUCUGGAGAAGGACGCGGUUCGAUCGUUCUACGCGUUUCAGAGGAAAGAAGGCCCAAAACCGCGCCUCCAGGAAGUACCGGACCUCGUCGAAAAGCCCGUGCUGCCCACGACGGCGCCGAUCGUCAUCGUCCCAAAGAAGAAGACGACGACGACGACCAAGCGCGUAGCGGCGCCAAAAGCCGCGCUGCCCGCCAAGAGAGCCAAGACGGCCAAGCAGCCAAGCCUCGUGGGCUAUGACUCGAGCAGCGACAGCGAGGCCGAAUCCCCGAAAUCGUAGUCUCUUUCCUUGUACAGUCUUUGACGCGCUGGUCCUCUGCGCCCAGGUAGCUCGCUACGAGCACCGCUGGUGGACGCUCGGUGCUUGCUUUGGGGUAUGCGACUGCGCGAUGCGUGCAGCUGAUGCGUGCAAGUCCUCGAUCGGCGGCGGUUCGAACCGGUUCGCAACCGUGAACCGAUAACCGGUUAACAUCGACGCGAGAUUGAAUUUAAAAUUUAAAAUCGGUUUGAUUGAAUCGAUGGAGCGCGGACAAGGCCGUGGACGUGGACGCGGUGGCCGCGGGUCGGCGCCGGACAGCAGCGCCGGACAAGGACGCGGUGGCGGUCGUGGGCGCGGUGGCGGGCGCGGCCCGCCGAUUGCGCUCUCGGAAGAGUUUUGCAUGGGCAUUGCCACGCAACUCAAGGAGCUCAUGAACGACCCGUCGAUUCCGCACGUCGUGUUUCCGAGCUCGCUCGACAACACGGAGCGCCGGUAUAUCCACACAGUUGCGAAGAAGUACGGACUCUUCUCCAAGAGCAAAGGCAAGGGCGACGACCGCUUCAUCCACGUGAGCCGCGCCAAGACGACGGUCAACAUGGAGACGGUCUCGCUGCGCAUCGCGCCGGCGCCUCUGAGCGUCUCGAUGGACACGAUCCAAGAGAUGCAGGACGUCUUGACGCUCGAUGCACCAUCGCCAGAUCGUGCUCAAAUGGCCAUGCCGCCGCCGUUCCGCAAGCCGCGAGCGGCGUUCCGGUCGGCGUUUCCGCCCGUGGCGCCGCCGCACAAGUACACGACGUCCCAGCGCGCGCUUCCUGCGCAUGCGCACCGCGACGAGAUUCUGGCGCUCGUGAAGAAGCACCAGGUGGUCGUUGUCGCCGGCGACACGGGCUGCGGCAAGUCGACGCAGCUGCCGCAGUUCCUCAUGGACGCGCCUGGCCCGGCACGGCGCAUCGUCGUGACGCAGCCGCGGCGUAUCUCGGCCAUCACGCUUGCCGAGCGCAUUAGCGAUGAGCGGAGCCUCGAGGUCGGUAAGGAGGUCGGGUACUGCAUUCGGCUCGAUGCCAAGUACUCGCACGCUGCGACGCAGCUCAUCUUUGCCACGACCGGUACGCUCCUGCGCUGGCUCGGGAGCGAUCCGCUCGGGAAGCAGUUCACGCACAUUGUCGUCGACGAGGUCCACGAGCGCGACAAGGACACGGACUUUCUGCUUGUCGUGCUCAAGCUCAUCCUGCCGCUGCGUCCGGACCUGCGCGUGAUCCUCAUGAGCGCGACGAUCCAGGUCGACAAGUUCUCGGCCUACUUUGGCCAGUGCCCGAUCGUGAGCAUCCAAGGCCGCAUGCACCCCGUCCAAGCCUGCUUCCUCGACGACGUCCUCCUCCUCCUCGACAGCUCGGUGCCGAGCGGCAAGUCCAAGGCGUCAACCAACGAGCGACCGAAGAAGAAGCAGAAGGCGCUCGACGCGUCCUGCGUCAUGUGCGGCAAGUGCGACUUUACGGACGAAGGGGACUUUGGCAUGCACGUGGCCACGUGCUUUGGCGGGCAGUGGGCGCCGCCGACGUCGACGCAUGACGCAUCGCUCCUCCUCUCGGCGCCGGCGGACGAAGACAUGGAAGCGCCAUUGGACGACGCGGUCCUUAAAGGCUCGGUCUGCGACCAAGUGGCCCGCCGCCUUGCCGCCAAGCGCGCGCACGCCAAGCCCAGCGUCAUCGACAAUCUCGUGUCUUCGUACCAGCUCUCGCAAGACGCGCUCGGCAUCGACGGCGGCGUCGAUGUCGACCUUGUGGUGCGGCUGUUGGGGCACCUUAUGUCCGUGUCGUACGGCGAGGGCGCCAUCUUGGUCUUCUUGCCUGGCUGGGACGACAUCCAAGCCAUCGCUGACGUCCUCGACAUGCAGCCGGCCUUCCGCAAGUGCAUGAUUGCGAUCCUCCACUCGCGCCUCUCGCCGCAGGAGCAGAAGCGAGCGUUUGCGCGGCCGCCCAAGGGGUCGCGGAAGAUCAUUCUCGCGACCAACAUUGCCGAGACGAGCGUCACGAUCGAAGACGUGGUUUACGUCAUCGACACGUGCAAGUCGAAGCAGUCCAAGCUCAUCAACGGCUACAGCGCGCUGCACACCGAGUGGGUGAGCGACGCCAACUGCAAGCAGCGCCGGGGCCGCGCCGGCCGUGUCGCGCCCGGCGUCUGCUUUCACUUGCUCACGCGACAGCGCUUCGAGUCGCUUCCGGCCUUCUUGACGCCCGAGCUGCUCACGACAGCACUGGAAGACUCGGUCCUGGCCAUCCAGAUGCUGCAGUGGCAGUCGGGCGACUCGCUCGGCUUCGAGUCCAUUGGCGAGUUCCUUAGCCUCGCGCCCGACCCGCCGCUCGCCCACGUGGUUGAGGGCGCGAUCGCGUCUCUGCAGGCGCUCGGGGCGCUCAACUCGGACGAGUCGCUCACGUACCUCGGGUGGGAGCUCUCGCAGAUGAGCCUCUCGCCCACGAUUGCCAAGACGCUGCUGCUGGGCACCUUCCACGACGUCGCAGCGCCGAUUCUCUACUCGGCGUGUGCGCUAAGCUACCGCGAGCCGUUCGAGUCGGAGCUCGGGACGUCUGGCGCGCAGCGCAACCAGCGCCGGCUCGUCAAGGCCUCGCUCUCGAAUGGCCACGAGAGCGACCACUGGGUGCUCUACGCGGCCAUCUACGGCUUCCUCCUCGCGUCCGACCGCGACCGCACUCACUAUUGCCGCUCCAACGGCUUGCUCCAGCCCGUCUUGUACCACACGUCGGGCGUCAUCAAGCAGAUCGAGGUCGAGUACACGAACCUCGGGUAUACGAUCCCGCCGCCCGUGGGCCCGCCGAGCCCGCCGAUGGCCAUGGCCGUCCUCGCGUCCGGUCUGUACCCGAACCUCAUGUACCGUGACGUUGGCUCGGUCCACUACACGACCAAGGACAAGUUCAAGGUGCGUCGCGCGGGUGCGUCCGUCCUCUCGCCCAAGAAGCCCACGAGUCGCGAGUGGGUCGUCUUCCACGACAUGAUGCAGACCGAGCACGCGCGCACGGCGCAGGUGAUGACCAAGGUGCAUCCGUUCACGCUGGCGCUCAUGGUUGGCGCGUCGGCCGUCAUCGAGGAGCUGCCCGACGUCGACGACGAUGACGACAAGAAGAAGAAGAACGACGACGACGAGGACGAGGAAGCGUUGUUCAUCGACGGCGUUGUCCUCGUCAUUGACGGCUGGAUCGCUCUCCAGAUGGAGCGCGAGGUCGCAACCCUCAUGCUGCGCCUGCGCCAGCGCCUCAGCGACGCCUUCCUCAACUACGUCGCGGCCAAGAGCCAUGACGCGCUGGCGCCCGCCGACGCCACGCUCCUCCACGCCGUGGCGUCGUGGACGGGCCGCGAGACGCAGCGCUAG